CGGAUAAGGGCGAACAGGAGCCCCCGUUGAAGUGGCGCCCCUGCCUUGCGCGAUGCAAGCGAACAGCAGCCGCUCCAAUUUAAGCGCACAAUCCUCGGGCACGCCGUCGGCCUCAACGAUCUCCUCGUCCCAGGGCAAGCAACAAGUUGUCGAACUAUCGGGCUAUGUCAUCAUACUCGUCGAGAAUGUGGAGGGUAAAAUUAAACUAUACGGCUCACCGCCCGAUCGCGAUAAUCUGGAAGUGGGCGAUGAGAUACUCGAGGUCAAUGGCCUGACCCUGGAGAAUAUAUCGCGCACGGAGGUCAUUCGGCACAUACACGACUGCAUCAAGUCCUGCACCAUCUGUCUGCGUGUGCGAAAGAAGAAUGACUCGCGACUGGCCUGGGACAUUGGCAACUCGGUGCAGGACGCCUUCGUCAUCGCCGUCGAGGAGCACGCCCGCGAACGUCUGCAGAGAUUGGCGGCCUUGAACCGGGUCACGCCCGUCGACAUCACCCAGCUGUCCAAGAAGCUGCAACAAACGAAGAGCGGCACGGCAACGAGCCAGCGGCAGGACCUCAGCUUCCUGAACGAGUCGACGCCCAUCUAUGUGACGUCCUUCACGAGCAACCAGAUCACCUGCAGCAGUUCCACGAUGACGACGGCCACCGCCGGCGGCCCGAUCAGCGCCCCCUCCCUGGCGACGGCCACCACGACGGUGCCGACGGCCUCCUCCUCCUCCUCAGCCGCGAUGCACACCACCACGGUGGUGGCCCAGAUCGAGCACGGGGCCUCGGCGCUGGUCAGUGCCGCGGUGGCGGCAGCCACGGCCGCCGAUCGCAACGCCAAUAACACCACGUCGGCGGCUCUGAAGCAGACGGUCAACUGCGUGGGCAGUAGCUCGGGGGCCACGACCACUGGGAGCAGCUCCACCAGCAGUGCCACGGGUCACAUCUACCAGACCAGCCAGGCGCAGCAGCAGCAGUUGCAACAGCUGCAGCAGCAACUGGCCGCGGCGGCGGCGGCGGGGAAGCCGCUCCAGGCCAAGUCCCUGCUGGCCAGCAGCCUGCAGCAUCUCGCCGAGGAGGUGGACAACGAGGACCUGGACGACGAUGACGACGUGGAUGGGGCCAACUACUGUGGCAUAACCUACAUCAGCUACAACAAUAAGCAUGCCCAGUUGCCGACCACGACGCUGCCGGCGACCACUGCCCUGCCAGCGGCAGCUGCCACAUUGGCCACCACAGCUGCGAUACACCAGCAGAGGGUGCAGCAGCAGCAGCAGCAGCAGUUGCACCACCACAGCAGCAACCUCCCACCAGCAGCAGCAGCAGCAGCAGCAUCAGCAGGAGCAGCAACAACCAGCCAACUCAAUCGACCCUCGGCACCGGCACCACUGCAACUCGGAGGACCCGUCAAUCCCUGCUUCGUGGAUGCCCAGACUUCGACGUCGCCGCUGAUGCUGCAACAGCCGCAGCAGCAGCAGCAGGAUGUGGCACUUGCAACCUCAUCGUCGGGGAUGAUGGAGCGACAUGUGCACGGCACCACCACGCCUAAAACCGAGUACUCCACGGCCAUUUCCAGCGGGCAACUGCAGCAGGCCUUCGCCGAGCUGCAACUGCACUCCAGCAACAACAAUGCCACACAGCAGCAACAGCAGCAACACUUACUUUUAAGCAACAACAAUAAUAGCAAUAAUUCAAUGGCAGCGGCACAAACAACGGCAACCCUGAUGAAGAAUUGUGAUCUACUGAUAUCGAACAAUCUGUAUCCACCGAGAAGAGAGUUACUAGAAGACGUCUUAGUCCAUCAGGCCAGUGAUGUCCAUGCAUAUGGGCCAGGUGCAACAGCAGCAAUCGCCAGCAGCAGCAGCAGAUCACAGCAGCAACAUCAGUUGCUGAGUGCCGCCUACGAGUUGCAGCAACAGCAAUUGCAACUGCAGCAGCAACAUCAGCAGCAGCAGCAGCAGAACAGUCCCACAAGUAGCAUAUCAAUAGGAAGAACUGAACUUUUACUGGGCGAUCAGAGCUUGCGGCAGGAUCCCAGAGGGAAUCGCCGGCGCUCCGGCUCGAGCAUUGUUGUGCUGGACGGCGACGACUUGAAGCCAUGUCUGCCGGAUGACUACAUAAGCGGCCAGCACCACCUGAACCACCAGCAGCAGCUGCAACUGCAGCAGCAGCUACAGCAGCAACAUCCGCUCCAGCAGCAACACUACCGCACGCACUCGGGCGACAUCAGGGAGAUUGACCAGGAAAUGCUGACCAUGCUGUCGGUGAACCAAGAUAACGGUCCACACCGUGAGAUGGCCGUCGAUUGUCCGGACACGUUCAUCGCACGCAACAAGACGCCACCCAGAUAUCCGCCACCCCGUCCACCGCAGAAACACAAGAAAAGCACCACCAACAACACCACCACCAACACCACAAUCACAGCUAUGACUAACAAUGAUCAUGCUAACAAAAUGUUAAUUGUUGCAUAUCAUUCUUCACAUCAACAUGAACAACUACAACAACAACAACCACCACAUCAUGAACAACAACACCCAUCAAAAACAACAAUUGCACUCGAUGUGGCCACACAAAAUCUGUACAAUCAAAAACAACAAAUUAAAUUGGAACAAAUCGAAAACUAUGAAAAUUGCCUACAAUCGGAACAACACGAACAACUCGAGCAGAAGCAACAACAACAUCCGCAGCAGCAGCAGCAACAACUGCAAGUAGCAACCACUGGGGCAACAACAACACAGGUCGCCCAACAACAGACGCCCAGCCACAAGUUGCAGGCAACACUGAGCAGCGAUCCAAAUGGCAACAGCAACAGCAAUGGCAACGGCAACAUCAACACCGUCGGCAGCAGCAGCAGCAACAACAGCAGCAUCACCGACGACUUUCUGUGCGUUGUGGAUGGUCUAUAUCAAGGACGCAAGGACUCGGCCUCUCCCUCAUCGAGUGCCUUCGAUGAGGUGAUGAGCAAACAUACCCUGGACUCCUUCGGCAGCAUCGCCUAUCGUCACCUGCACCAGCAACACCAGGCGACGAGCAACGGCACCAGCAGCAACAGCAACAGCAAUAGUAAUUGCAACGGCAAUACCAGCGGCAACACAGCUGAUUCGAGUAAAACCAACACAGUGGCUGGCGUGACGAGCAACAGCAGCAACAGCAACUCGCUGAACAGCAGCAACAGCUCGAUGCACACCAGCAGCACGAGCAGCAGCGGUCACAGCAGCAACAUCGCAAGUGCCACGUCCACCAGCAGCUCCACGGUGCCCGAUGACCUGAGCCUGGCGCCACCCGGCUACGAGGUGAGCCAGCAGCAACAUCAUGUUGCUCCCGUGUCGGUGCUGCUGCCGCCGAUGGCGAAGCAUCGCGAGCUGCCCGUGGACGUACCAGACAGCUUUAUCGAGAUGGUGAAGACCCCGCCAAGAUAUCCGCCACCGGCUCACCUUUCUUCCCGCGGAUCGCUGUUGUCGAACGGCAGCGCCUCCACCGCCCACACCACGCUCUCCUCGAUGGGCGUGUCGCCCUCGCCUGCAACUGCAACAUCAGCAGCGGCAACAGCAGCAGCAACAGCGGCAACAGCGGCAACAUCGGCAUGUGCAACCGCAAGUGUUGCUGCUGCGGUUUCUGGUGUUGCUGACGGCGAUGCGAGGCGGGUGGCCGAUGAGCUCAAUGGAAAUGCGAAGCCCGUGCCGCCGCCACGUGAUCACCUGCGGGUGGAGAAGGACGGGCGGCUGGUCAACUGCUCCCCCGCCCCCCAACUUCCGGACCGCAGGGCGCCCGGAAACGCGAGCAGCGGCAGCAGCGGCGGUCCGCCACAUCCGCUGCAGCAGCAGCAGAUCGCCCAGAUCGUGGAGCCCACUUUGGAGCAGCUGGACAGCAUCAAAAAAUACCAGGAGCAACUGCGCCGGCGACGCGAGGAGGAGGAGCGCAUAGCGCAGCAGAAUGAGUUCCUGCGGAACAGUCUACGUGGCUCCCGGAAGCUGAAGGCGCUCCAGGACACGGCCACGACCCCCGGCAAGGCGGUGGCCCAGCAGCAGCAGCAGGCAACGCAGGCCACUCAGGUGGUGGGCGUCGAGAAUGAGGCCUAUCUGCCGGACGAGGAUCAGCCGCAGGCGGAGCAGAUCGAUGGCUAUGGCGAGCUGAUAGCCGCCCUCACCCGCCUCCAGAGCCAGCUGAGCAAGAGCGGACUGAGCACCCUGGCGGGACGGGUGUCGGCCGCCCACAGUGUCCUGGCCAGCGCCAGUGUGGCCCACGUCCUGGCCGCCCGCACCGCUGUGCUCCAGCGACGGCGCUCCCGCCACUCCGGCCCACUGCAUCACAGCGCCCUCGGCCUGCAGAAGGACAUUGUGGAGCUGCUCACCCAAUCGAAUACGGCGGCGGCCAUCGAGCUGGGCAACCUGCUGACCAGCCACGAGAUGGAGGGUCUGCUCCUGGCCCACGAUCGCAUAGCCAACCACACGGACGGCACGCCCUCGCCCACGCCCACGCCCACACCGGCGAUACUGGGAGGAGUGGUGGUCAGUGGUCACAGCAGUCCGGUGGCAGGACCCAAGAGGAACCUGGGCAUGGUGGUGCCACCGCCGGUGGUCCCUCCGCCACUGGCGCAGCGAGGGGCGAUGCCACUGCCACGCGGGGAAUCCCCGCCGCCGGUGCCCAUGCCACCGCUGGCCACCAUGCCCAUCAAUCUGCCGAUGAGCGCAUGCUUUGGCACGCUGAACGAUCAGAACGACAACAUCCGGAUCAUACAGAUCGAGAAGUCCACAGAGCCGCUGGGCGCCACGGUGCGCAACGAAGGCGAGGCGGUGGUCAUCGGGAGGAUUGUGCGCGGCGGAGCGGCGGAGAAGUCGGGCCUGCUGCACGAGGGCGACGAGAUCCUGGAGGUGAAUGGCCAGGAGCUGCGGGGCAAGACGGUGAACGAGGUGUGCGCCCUGCUGGGCGCCAUGCAGGGCACCCUGACCUUCCUCAUCGUGCCCGCCGGCAGUCCGCCCGUCCAUGGCGGAGUCAUGGGUGGCGGGCCCACCGGCAACACGCUGGCCGGCCUGGGCGGCGCCCACCGGGACACCGCCGUGCUGCAUGUGCGGGCGCACUUCGACUACGAUCCGGAGGAUGACCUGUACAUACCCUGCCGGGAGCUGGGCAUCAGCUUCCAGAAGGGCGACGUGCUGCACGUGAUCAGCCGCGAGGAUCCCAACUGGUGGCAGGCGUACCGCGAGGGCGAGGAGGACCAGACGCUGGCCGGCCUCAUUCCUAGUCAGUCGUUCCAGCACCAGCGCGAGACGAUGAAGCUGGCCAUUGCGGAGGAGGCGGGACUGGCGCGGUCCCGCGGCAAGGACGGAUCGGGCAGCAAAGGGGCCACGCUCCUCUGUGCGCGCAAGGGUCGCAAGAAGAAGAAGAAGGCCAGCUCCGAGGCGGGGUAUCCCUUGUACGCCACCACGGCGCCGGAUGAGACGGAUCCGGAGGAGAUACUCACCUACGAGGAGGUGGCCCUGUACUAUCCCCGCGCCACCCACAAGCGGCCCAUCGUCCUCAUCGGCCCGCCCAACAUUGGCAGGCACGAGCUGCGCCAACGCCUGAUGGCCGACUCGGAGCGGUUCUCCGCCGCAGUGCCACACACGUCACGAGCCCGCAGGGAGGGCGAAGUGCCCGGAGUGGACUACCACUUCAUCACGCGCCAGGCCUUCGAGGCGGACAUAUUGGCGCGCCGCUUUGUGGAGCACGGCGAAUACGAGAAGGCCUACUACGGCACAUCACUGGAGGCCAUACGCACGGUGGUGGCCAGCGGCAAGAUCUGUGUGCUCAACCUGCAUCCGCAGAGCCUCAAGCUGCUGCGCGCCUCCGACCUCAAGCCGUAUGUGGUCCUGGUGGCGCCGCCCAGUCUGGACAAGCUGCGCCAAAAGAAGCUGCGCAACGGCGAACCCUUCAAGGAGGAAGAGCUCAAAGACAUCAUUGCCACGGCCAGGGACAUGGAGGCCCGCUGGGGCCACCUGUUCGACAUGAUCAUCAUCAACAACGACACGGAGCGCGCCUACCACCAGCUGCUGGCAGAGAUCAACUCGCUGGAGCGGGAGCCGCAGUGGGUGCCCGCCCAGUGGGUGCACAACAAUCGCGACGAGUCAUAAUGGGGUCGCCGGCCCCGGCCCCGGCCCCGCCCCCGCCACACCACCACCCACUACCCCUAGGAGCCACCCGCCCGCACCCCACCCGAAGCACAAGCCAGAAGCAAGCCCACUCUUUGUAAAUACAAUUUUCAAUUGAGCCAUGAAGCGGAGGGCAGGAUCGAUUCCAGUCCAGUAGUUCGGCCUGCCUGCCGACGCGUUGACCCCCUCCCCUCCAAUACUAUACAUAUAUACAUAUUUAUACGCUAUUUGUUGCAUAUGUGCAUUUUAGACUUAGUGCGAAUUGUUUUUAACCGUGUACCCUGUUUUGAAAGCAUUCCAAUACAAACCCCCCAUGUAUGUUCACAAAAUUCUGUUGUUCGACGAACCGCCUGCGGGGAUGCCACAGAGGAGUCCAGUAGUCCAAUAUGCCCCACUUGGGAGCCAGAGUGAUUUGCAAUCACUAGUGAUUUCUGUGGCAUUGCCGGCUAUUAUAGUUAUUUUUUUAUUACGCCUACUAACUUAUAUUGUAAACGUAUUUUUUUUGUUUAGACUAAGCCUGAGCACUUCCUUAAUUUCGAGGGGGCGAAUCGAAGGUGUAAGAUAACGAAUCGGCGACGGAGGGCCAGCACCCGUAGAACCCGAUCAAAUGUGUAAUAGUACCCAUAGGCGACGCCUCCGCGUGCCACAGAGCCAGAACAAUCCGUAGGCAGCUGUCCCUCGGCGCAUCCGAGGGAUGCGGAUGCAGGCACAGACUCCAGUUCAGAUACCGAAACCGAAACCGAAAACGAAACUUAAACAAGCAGAUUCAGAUGCAAGUGUUGCAAUUACGUAAUCUAUUUACUUUAUAAACUAUAUACUAUACGGAUAUACAUACACGUAAAUUAUAAAUCGAAGCGUACUUAAUACAAUUAAUUUUUAAAGCGAAUGCUAGAGCAAAGCGAAGAAAUAAAACGUUCGAAAGAGAAACAACAAAAUCAGUAAGUCAUUGCCAAAAAGGAAAUUGAACGAAUGGGAGCUAGAAGAAGACGACGAGGAGGAGCAGCAGGAGCAGGAGCAGGAGCGCUAGGAGAAUCGAGUAGGGAAGCCACUCCACGAGCGAAAUUGUUAAAAACAAGUAUUUAGCCAACUCUAAGCACUGUAAGAUAGUGGAAGCCCAGCAAACGAAUGCAGAUAGUGGGCGGCAAGAAAUGAACUAGGCUAAGGCAUCGAAAGCGAAAAACAAAGGGAGUCCCCGAGUAAAUGUUGUUGUAAUUAAUUAUUUAAACCAUUCGCCUAGAGAAGCGGGAGGGCGGGAUGCAAAGUUGGUUUCAACUCCAGCCACUAACUACUAGCGAGCCGACACAGUUGCGAUGCGAUGCCAACCUGCCACGCAUCCGGGGGUCUAUGCGAAUCCCCUUGAUCAGCAGCUGAAACCAGAGUUUUUUAUUAAAAGUUGUACGAUGUGUGGGGCGAGUGCUCGCAGAAUAGCAAACUAUGUUACGCGACGUUGAACACUCGAAAGAUUCUAACGCAGAUGAUAUCUAAGUAUGCCUAACUAUACAUAUACGGCCCCGUUUCCGGCUUCCGGUUCCGUUUCGGUUCCAGUUGGUCCCAUUCCAUGUACGUCCCCGAGGUAUUAUGGAUCCCUGGGUCCUGAGACCGGAUCGGAGUCGGAAGUGGAAGCGGAACCAGUAAUAAUAAAAUUCGAGAAUAUAUUUUUUUUUUUUGUAGUCAACAAGGUAUAAAAAAUGUGUGUGCAGUAAAUCUGUUUAAGUUUUUAUUUAUGUAUGUGUGUGGUGUAGCAAAACUAAACUAAAUACGAAACAAAUACCUAAUGAAAAACAAAAUGGAUACAAAAUAGGCACGGUUUAAUAGCCAUUGUACGAAAUUAACGACAUUUAUGAGUAACCCUAACGCAAGAAUGCGGACAAAGUCAGAUGAAAUAACAAUAUUAAUAAUAAUAAAAAACGAGAAACCAAGAAAUAUAAAA